AUGGCUAGUGAUGAGAGUUUCCUAGUGCUGGUACAUCACAGAGGGUCGAUUAAGAGAAAAACUCGGUCCGGCGUGAAGUUCACUGAUAAGGAUCCCCUAUGUAUUAUCAUGAGGCCAACAACCACCUACGAUGCUCUUGUUAGCUCUGUGCUGGAGAAGCUUGGUCUCGAAGGAGUUAAAAGGGUUAAGAAGUUUUUUUAUCGCAUUCCAACAGCGGUGCUCCAUGAUACCGUGAAGUUUGAUUGUUCCACGAUCGGGAGUGAUGAGGACUUGCAGGUUAUGUUUCUUUGUCGUAGGCAGUUUCCCGAGGUAAGGACACCAGAGUUGUUGGCAAAGUUGGUUGAUGUGGUAUCUAGCUCGGGUGGUUCGAACUGGAACGCCAAUACUAUAGCCGCAGUUGCCGGCUCGAGCUCGAGACCUGUGGUUGCAUCAUCCUCUGUUCCUGUGUAUGAGCCACCGAUGCAGCCUGUUGCCUCCCCUUCGUUUGCCGUGGAUCUGAGCGGCAAUGUUGGAGACAAGGUUCGAUAUGGGGAACAUCUUCCCACCGAAGUGCAUUGUCCUACACCGGCUGGUGUUGGUGAUGGUUUGUUUGAUGAUCCAGAUGACGAUGACGUCGAGCCGGAUAUGAUCGCUGAUGAAAGCGGCGAUGAUCUUGGAACUACUGGUCCGAGAAGGGCUACAGGUGGAUCUAGUUCUGGCACACAGCAGUAUCCACCCCAUUUUUCCGCGUUGGACCUGGAUGCCAUGCGGCAGGACGAAAAUGCUGUGCAGGCCUCUGGAUUUGGGGCUAGAGAUACCGAGGGGUCUGCCGGUAUGACCGAGUUCCAGGUUGGCCAACAAUUUCAGGAUAAAGAUGAGGCGUUGUUGAGUGUGAAGACGUACAGCAUCCGCCGAGGGGUCCAGUACAAGGUCGUUGAGUCAGACUACCGCAAGUAUGUGGGAAAGUGUUCUGAAUUUGGGAAUGGGUGCACAUGGCUAAUUCGGUUGAGUCUCCGACAGCGGAAGGGUAUCUGGGAAGUGAAGCGGUACAACGGACCACAUACAUGUCUCGCCACUUCCAUCUCCAGCGACCAUAGGAGUCUGGACUACCAUGUGAUAGCAACAUUCAUUAUGCCGAUGGUUAGGGCUGAUGCCGCUGUCAACAUCAAGUUGCUUCAAAAUGCCACGGCCGUAUACUUUGGGUUCAGACCAACGUACAGGAGGGUAUGGAUGGCGAAGCAGAAGGCCGUUGCCGUCAUAUAUGGGGACUUGGACGAGUCGUACAACGAGCUCCCUAGGUGGGUUUUAGGAGUUCAGCUGACGAUGCCUGGCACAGUAGCCGUCCUCAGGACUUGCCCUGUUCGAGUUGGGGGACAGCUUGACGAGUCUCAGGCAUUCCGUCAUUGCAAGCCGUUGGUGAGUAUUGACGGCACCCAUCUAUAUGGGAAGUAUGGUGGAACGUUGCUAGUCGCGAUUGCACAGGAUGGAAACUCCAACAUACUCCCCGUGGCAUUUGCACUAGUUGAGGGUGAGAAUGCAGAGUCAUGGUCUUUCUUUCUUUCCCACCUCCGUGAGCACGUGACACCUCAGCCGGGUCUGUUAGUUAUUUCAGAUAGGCAUAACGGCAUCAAGGCAGCCCUCGAGGCUCCGGAUGGGGGAUGGCUACCCCCGGCUGCAUACCGGGCGUUCUGCAUUCGACAUGUUGCAGCGAAUUUUGCCCUGACGUUCAAGGGAAAAGAUGCCCGGAGGCUUCUUGUUAACGCCGCAUAUGCGAAGACUGAAGUGGAGUUCGACUGCUGGUUUGACAUUCUGCGCUCUGAGAAUCCGGCAAUGUGUGACUGGGCGAACCGAAUUGAGUAUUCGUUGUGGACACAGUACUGUGAUGAGGGUCGGAGAUUCGGGCACAUGACGACCAAUAUUUCGGAGUGUGUCAACUCAAUCCUGAAGGGGGGAGGCCGAGGCUUAGAUGGGUACUGGACAACAAUUCAGUCAAUACCUAGUAAAGUGUAUCGAGGCCAACCUGAAGACAGCCAGGUGCUUCACGGUGACUGCUUCCGACAGGUUCAUUCUCACUUGAUGGGAUUUACACCUCCCAUUCCGGAGGGUUUCUGGCCACCUUAUGCCGGGCCUACCGUUAUACCGGAUCCGAAUAUGAGGCAUGCGAGGGAAGGUCAUCCUAGGUCCACACGAAUUCGCACUAACAUGGAUGAUGCAGAUCCGAACCGCCCAAAGAGAUGUGGCCUCUGCAGGCAGCCAGGACACACCCGUCGUAGUUGUCCACAAGCCGCAGGCCCCAGCGGGACUGCUGGGAAUUAA